AUGUAUUUGCAGAUUUGCCUGCCCGAAGAAGACACGCUUGUCCACCGAUACUUAUGGAGAGAUUUAGAUGAAAGUCGAGACCCAACAGUUUACGCACUCCAAAGAGUCACAUUCGGAGAUAAACCAUCGCCGGACAUGGCAAGUUACGUUAUGAUCAAGAUCGCGAAUGAAAAUGAGUCCCAAUGUCCACGAGCUGCCGUGAUUCUCAAACGUGAUCGCUACAUGGAUGAUCUUAUUCAUUCGACAAGCACGCAGGAAGAAGCAGAAUAGUCCAAAGGCGAAGUCGACGACGUGUUAGCUACGGGGAGUUUUAAGAUAAAGGAAUGGUUUGUUUCAUCGUCCGUUCAAGAAAUGCAAGCUGAGAACGUUUCUAGUCCGGAAGAAGAAAAUCAUGAUUUCAAAGAUAACGUGAUAGGUGUAAAUAGUGAAUGUACAACGACAAAGAAUGUCAACCUAGACGGCGAAGAAGGAAUCAAAACUUUAGGAGUCAAUUGGAAUCCACAGACUGACAAAUUCAGUUUCUCAGUAAAGGAAAUAAAGAUAGAAACGUUAACGAAGAGAACAGUUCUGUCGAGGAUUUCACGUUUGUUUGAUCCACUUGGAUUGGCUUCUGUAGUAACUAUCAAAGCAAGAGUUGCUCUCCAAGAAAUCUGGAAAGCAAAGAAGUAUGACUGGGACGACCCACUGCCUGAAGAAAUGCGCACUUUAUGGUACAAACUUUUCCGAGAAUUAGAGAGUUUAAACACGAUUACAAUUCCGCGUUGUUUACGUCCUGAUGAAAUUUGUGGUCCAUCCGAGCUGCAUGUAUUCGCUGAUGCCAUUGCCACAGCGUAUGGAGCGGUUGCAUAUCUUCUCUAGCCCACCACAGAAGGUCCUAAAGUUAAUCUCAUCGCCUCGAGAGUAAGAGUUGCUCCUUUACGUCAGGCAACCAUUCCACGGUUAGAGCUUAUGGCAGCACUGGUUGCUUCAAGAUUGGCAAGUACCAUUUACAACGAGUUUAAAACGAAGCCAGCUGUAGUUAAACUGUGGUCCGAUUCGAAGAUCGUUUUGCAUUGGUUACGAGCAGAUUCUGCAUUGUUGAAGGCAUUCGUUGGAGUUCGAGUAGCUGAAAUUCAGUCAACAUGGGAAUCAAGUCAUUGGCGUUAUGUUCCUUCUGCUCUGAAUCCUGCCGACGAUUUAAGUCGAGGAAUUGAUGUGAAAAAUAUGUAUGUUCGAUGGUUCCAAGGACCGGCGUUCCUGAAAUUGCCAAACAGCGAGUGGCCAAGCGAAAGUGUGGAGACCAUUCAGAAUGAUCCAGAAAGAAAGAAACCCAAGAUCCUGGGGAGUUUCAAUCCUGAUAUCCCGUGCAUAGAUCCAAAAAACUUUUCAAAUUGGCAACGAUUGGUCAGAAUUACAGCUUACUGCAAGCGUUUUGGUCAUAAUGCUCGACUAAGCGCACGAGACAAGUCGGAGUUAAAGUCGGGUCCUCUCCAACCUAGCGAAAUAAAUUAUGUCAAAGAAUUUUGGAUUCGUAAAGUACAGACCACGUUGAUUGAUUGGAAAGAUCGUUACAAGGAUCUUGCGCCCUUUGUCGAAAAUGAUAUCAUCCGAGUUGGUGGUAGACUAAAGAGAGCGUCCCUUCCCUACGAUCAAGCACAUCCCAUAUUGCUACUCGGAAACCACCACAUAUCGAAAUUGAUAAUGGAAGAAUUUCACGAGAAAGUGUGCCAUGCUGGCUGCGAAAGAACCCUCUCUGAGAGUCGACGUGAAUAUUGGAUCAUGAGUGGACGGCGUAUAGUUAAGAAGACAAUCAAGAAUUGCUUAGUGUGUCGUAAGUUUCGUCAACGACCUCACACCACUUUGAUGGCUGAUCUUCCGCAAGAGAGAGUGAAACCGUUUUCUCCACCAUUUACUGUAACUGGAGUGGACUUGUUCGGUCCGUUUAAUCUUAAAGUUUCACGAAAUAAGAGUGUCAAAGCCUGGGGUGCUAUAUUUACCUGUGCGACAGUUCGAGCCAUUCGCCUAGAAAUCGUAGAGAGUACGUCAGCUGAAGCCUUUCUUCAUGCACUGCGACGUUUUGCUUCACAUCAUGGCUGGCCAAGCACGAUAAUCUCCGAUAACGGGACGUCAUUUGUUGGUGCUGAGAGAUUGUUGAGAGAAUUG